AUGCCUCCUCACAGCAGUGAGAAUCUGGCAGAUGAGCUUGUAGCACCUGAUGCUCCUUCCAGCACUCAUUCUGGCUGUGCACGAUCCAACGCGGGCCUGCCAAUUCCCAGCCAUGCCGACACCACCAUCGAGAUUCCCGCCUCUCGUAGCUCCAUGGGGGACGCAGGUGCCUUGAUGCACAAUCUUAGUCUCUCUCCCUCCAUGAGUGAGCGUCGUGGCUCUCGCAACUCCUUUGGGACCUCUCUCCCCAUUCCACGCUCACCCCGUCGAUCUCGCCUGUCCAUGCAGCGGGCUGCCCCGGCCGUCUCACGGGAUAUCCUGGCCUCUCAGAUCCAGGAUAUGGCCCAGGACAAAGUGGCCAAGGCCACAAACAUGGCCUUUGUGUUUGACAUUGAUGGGGUGCUGGCCCACGGCAAUGAGCCCAUCGAACAGGCCAAGGAAGCCCUGAAGAUGCUCAACGGGGACAAUGAGCUGGGGAUCAAGAUCCCAUACAUUCUGCUCACCAACGGUGGGGGGAAGCCCGAGGUCGCACGUUGUGAGCAGCUGUCUGAAAUUCUUGAAGUUCCCAUCUCCACAGAUCAAUUUAUCCAGUCACAUACCCCUAUGCAGGCCCUGGCCAACUACUACGAGACAGUGCUGGUCUGUGGUGGUGAGGGGGUCCAGGCUCGCGAGGUGGCUGAAACCUACGGCUUCAAGAAUCCUGUCCACCCCAAGGAUAUUCUCGCAUGGGACCCUACCGUUUCUCCCUGGCGGGUCUUUUCGGAGCACGACCGUGCGAUGGCAAAGCCGCAGGACUUUUCACAGGUCAAGUUUGAUGCCAUCUUGGUCUUUGCGGAUUCGCGGGACUAUGCCACCGAUAUGCAGCUGAUUCUUGAUUUGCUGCUGGCAGAAGAUGGCAAGCUGCUCACCCGUGCUCAGGACCCCGUCGCCAGCCGGAUCCCCAUCUACUUUUCCCAGGGAGAUCUGGUCUUCCCGACGGAUCACAAAGGCCCUCCCCGGUUGACUCAGGGGGCAUUCCGAAUUGCCAUUGAGGCUCAGUACAAGGCCUUGACGGGGGUCGAGUUGGAGCGAGUGGUCUACGGCAAACCCGAGCGGGCGACUUACACCUAUGCAGACGAGGUGCUCCGGUCGUGGAUGGAGCAGAUUCACUGCCAAAAGAAGUUGCCCGACAACAUCUACAUGAUUGGUGACAAUCCGCAGUCUGAUAUCAUCGGAGGCAACAUGUACGGGUGGAAUACGUGCUUGGUCCGGACGGGGGUCUUCCAGGGCAAAGAAGGCGAGAAUGACAAGAACAAUCCCGCCAACUUUGGUGUCUUUGACAAUGUCUUGGAGGCAGUCAAGGCGGCUGUUUGGCAUGAACUGGGCCGGGAGUUCAAGCUCAAGUGGAACCCUGAGAUCAACCCGAUCCUGAGUGGCAAUGAUGCCUCUGCGGUGGAGUAG